ACAUAAAGUUUAAAAAUUGCAUAAAUCAUGAUAUGUCGUCACAGCAGCAGCACAUCAAAAUGGAUUUCAGCUAUAAAAAAUGCAUCUUCCCCACAUAAAUCUAUACAAAUAUACAUACAAAUGCAUCAGAAAUCAAUCCCUAUAGACAGCUUCACUCUCCUGUACACCCUUUCAGCCUCAACCCAUUUGCAUAACCUUCCUCUUCUUCAUCACCUUCAUGCCCAUAUUUCCAAACUCGGGUUUACGUCGAAUGUAUAUAUAAUGUCCUCUCUUUUACAUGGCUACUCAUCCAAUGCUGCGUGUUUUCAUGAUGCAUCCAACCUGUUUGAUGAAAUGCCUGAGAGAAGUAUUGUCACUUGGAAUACAAUGAUAACGGGUUUUUCAAGAUCAGGGAAUGUGGACAAGGCAAGAACUUUGUUUGAUGAAAUGCCGUUGAAGAAUGUUGGAUCUUGGUCUGCGAUGAUUGCGGCGUACGUUAAUAGCGGUGAUCGGAGAAAAGGGUUGGGAUUGUUUGGUAAGAUGGUGGUGGAUGAAAAGAUAAAACCCGAUGUAUUUACUUUGAGUAGUGUGGUAGGAGCUUGUGGGCAUAUGGGUGCGAUUGGGUUUGUUUUAGGGAAGUCGGUUCAUGGAUUUGUUAUAAAGAAUGAAUGGGAUGCGAAUGUGAAGCUUGGGACUGCGUUGAUCGAUAUGUAUGCAAAAUGUGGGUACUUGAAAGUUGCUUCUGUUGUGUUUGACAUGAUGCGAGAAACUAACGUUGUUUCUUGGACUGCGUUGAUAUGUGGGGCUGCACAACAUGGAUACGUUAGUGAGGCGAUACAUCUGUUUGAGAGGAUGCAGAAAGUGGGUGUUAAGCCUAAUGAGCUCACUUUCACGGGGAUAUUAAGUGCUUGUGUGCAGGCAGGGUUGGUUGAUGAGGGACGGAAGUAUUUUAAAAUGAUAGUGGAAUAUGGGUUAAAGCCGAAUAUUCAUCAUUAUUGUUGUAUGGUCAAUUUGUUUGGCAAAGCAGGGGAGCUAGAAGAUAUGUAUGAGGUUAUAAUGAAUAUGCAGAUCGAGCCUAAUAUGAAUAUUUGGGGAUCUUUUCUCAAUUCUUGCAAGGCAGAGAAUAACUUUGAGAUGGCAGAAAGGGUGAUUGAUAAAGUGAUCGAAAUGUUAAGGCCAGAAGAGGAUGGAGGUGUUUAUAAUCUUAUUGCUGAUUUGUUUGUUAUGGGUGAGAAGUGGGAUGACGCAGAAAGGAUGAGAAGGUUAAUGGUAAGACAGAAUGUUAAGAAGGCAAGAGGAGCUAGUUAUAUAUAAUUGUCGCUGCCAAAAGUUUCAUUAGCAUCCGCGAAAUUUGCUUGCCUAAGCAAGUUCUUGGCCCUGCAGGCCCUCCAUGAAAUGCUGUAAAUUUGUAAGACGGAAUGUGUUUGGUUCCUUCUUGUUUCAGGAGCCACCUCUCUGGCUUAAACUCCAAACAGUCUUCUCCCCAUAUCGUAUCCAUCAAUUGCAUAUGAGUAAAGAAAUAUUCUGGUGCCUCAAAGAACUUGGUGACCACUUGGAAGGGUAUCCGUUUCUGGUGGAAUUGGUGGAAAUAACCUUAAGGCUUCAUAUAAUGCUCUAUGGAGAUUUACCAAAGCUACAAGGUUGGAUGUUGUAUUUCAUCAUAUAUCCGCAGUGAAAGGACAGCCAAAUGUAUGGAAGGAAGAUCAACAUACCAAAUACGGUAUACGUGGGGUUCACAGCAACUUGGUUCUUUGCGGCUUCACCAGUUAAAAUUCCACCAUCAGUGAAUGAAACACAAGAUGGCAUAGUCCUAUUGCCCUGAUCAUUAGGUAUGAUUUCAACUUGGUUAUGUUGCCAGACACCCACACAUGAAUAGGUUGUUCCUAGGUCGAUACCGAUAGCUGGUCCAAUACCUUCUCCGGCCAUGAUGCUAUCAAGUCUGCAAUAUAUAAGAGAAGCAUAUAUAUGUAUUUCUUUCAAACUUUAAUAAAUUCAAGGCAUAACUGACCAAAACUGGGUAAAUUAUAAGCUUAAUUUGCAUACGAUUUUUACUA